CGAAGGCGGGAGUUUAUUGACCAAAAAGCAAGAACAUUGGUAUGAGCUUGCUGGUGUUCUCUGUGCUAUCACUGAGUACUGAGUGAUAGUUGUCGAGGUUUCUGGAAACUCCGACAACAUGGAAACGCCUGGUGAGGACCGGUCUGAGCUGCACCUCUGUGCGCUCAGAGGCAUCUGGUCUGAUAUCCAGCCUGGGUUGCUGGAACCAGGGAAGCUGGAGGUGCGGGAUCGGUUGGGCCGGACUCCACUCUUCCUCUGUGUCAUGCUGGGUGAUAGCCAGGGGGCACAGAUGCUGCUUCGUGCCGGUGCUAGGCCUGACCAUGGUGACCAUGCUGGGCAGACACCGCUGCACUUAGCUGCACGAAAGGGCCACCGGAGCCUGGUGCGCCUUCUGCUGUCUGCUGGUGCGCCCUGGACUAGAGGGGAUGUGCAUGGAUGCACACCGCUGCACUGUGUGGCCACAGUCAGCUUGCCUCAGGCACGCAGUGUCUUGGCCAUGCUGCUCGAGUGCAUGGAUGCCAGCCAGGUUGACCUGCAGGACAAGCUUAAGCAAACAGCAUUGCACAAGAGUGCCCUUGCCUGUCACUCGGAGAACAUGCUGGCAUUGCUCAGGAAGGGUGCGAACCCGUUGAUGCAAGAUAUUGAUGGCCGUACUGCACUCCACCUGUGUGCUGCUUCUUCGCAGCCAGCUGCAUUGGGAUGUACAAGUCUGCUCCUGGAUGCUGAGCCGUUCCUAACAAGCUGGCAAGAUUACCACGGCUGCACGCCUCUUCAUCUUGCUGUGGCUUCUGGCUCCGUGGCUGUUAUUGAUUUACUGACUCAGCGAAGCAGCAGCGAGGUGAACGCACUAGAUGAUCUCUUCCGGACGCCAUUGCAUUGGGCGGCGAUCUUAGGGCGCCUGGAAGUGUGCCGUCUACUGCUUGAACGGUGUGCAGACGCGUCUCUCACCGACCGGGCAGGGGCCACACCCUUGCGGUAUGCUUGCACCUCCGACGAAGCAGGCACGUUGGUCCCACUGCUGCUGUCGCACCACCACGCCGUCGAGAACGUGGAUUUGGCUCUCAAGGGUGCUGCCCUCGCGGGGAAUGUGGCAGCUGUGCGUGCACUGCACUGCUACGAGACUCACCCAGAAGCUGCAGGCAAGUGGAUAUCAUACCUAUUCCGAGUCCCAAUUUUUGGGGGCCUUUCACUCACUGCUGGCUUAACGGUACGAAAUGCAGCGGUGCUGGCUGCAGCCGCGAGAGGCCACCUCGAGGUGCUUCAGUGGAUGCUGGACGUGUGCGGCGACCCUCAGCAGCCACCGAGUCAGCUGACGCCUUUGAUGGUUGCUGCCUGUGGGGGACACGGCGGCUGCGUGCUUGCCCUGCUGGACGUCGGAGCCAGCGCUCACGCUGUGGACGCGGGUGGACGCAUCGCCCUGCACUGGGCAGCGGUUGGUGAACAAGCGUCCAUCUGUCGCCUGCUUAUACAGCGUGGUUGCCGUGUUGAUGCAUCUGACAACCAAGGGCGCACAGCACUGCACUAUGCCAGCAGCCGGGGCUCAGCCGAGUGUGCGAGUGUCUUGCUUCAAGCGCACGCCAAUCCAAACCUCACUGAUGCACAGGGCCGGACAGCGUUGCAUUGGGCAGCGCGUUGCGGCAGCGUGGCCGUGGCUGAGUUGCUGUGUGCGAGUGGGGCCCUGCUGUCUGUGCCAGACCUCACUCGGCACAGGAGGACUGCACUGGACGAAGCAAGCAUGCACGAGGAACUCUGCGGAUGGUUGCGUUCCCGGGGCGCUGUUGGCGCACGAGAAAUACGCCAUGGUGCAGCCUUCGUUAUUCAGGUAUUACAGUUACUCAUCUUUUCAGCUUUGCGAGUUCCUGCCAACGACUCAGCAUCCAUGGAUGCUUCAGACUCCAACGAAUAUCCAGCGGACCCAGACGAUGGUUCCUGGUUCACUGCUACCCGCCGACGCAAGCCAAAGACCACAACGAAUUCUGCACCCGCGCCCGAGCCUGCCAAAAAUCAGGUGACCCCACGGCCACCCCCCCCUACCUGUGGAUGA